AUGCCGUCCAACACACAAUCCGAAGAUGCCGCGGAACGGCCCCUCUUGGCAGACCCCCAUCAUGAGUACGGCGGCACCGAUGGGCCUGAACCUCCGGUCCUCAUCGCCGAGGAGCGCGGGGCCGGUACCUUUUCCAAGAACCUCGGCGCCGUCGAGGCGUUUGCCAUUGUCAUCAGCAUCGUCAUUGGUAGCGGCGUGUUCACCUCUCCGGGUUCCAUUGACACAAAUGUCCCGUCUCCCGGAGCUGCGCUCAUAGUUUGGCUUGUUGGUGGUGUCCUGGCGUGGACUGGUGCGAGUACCAUGGCUGAGCUGGGGACGGCGAUCCCUGGCGGUGUCCAGCCCUUCCUGCAGCACAUCUAUGGCGAUGUCUUUGGCUUCCUUGCCGCCUGGACCUGGAUCGUGGCCGUCAUGCCAGCCACCCUCGCCAUCCUCAGCAUCGUAUUCGUCGAGAGCAUCUACUCCGCCGGUGGGGUGACCGACCAGGCCGGGGCUCUCCCGCACAAAUUGUUCUCGAUUCUGAUUCUCGUCGUUAUGAACGGCGCCAACUCCAUCAGCACCAAGGCGAGCACUCGCCUGAACAACUUGUUUGUCGUGACUAAGUUUACCAGUAUCUUUGCCGUGGUGCUUGCCGGCAUCGUCGUCGUCAUCCUUCAAGUAUCGGACCACGACCGUGACGUUGGCGGACGGGACUGGUUUAAUAAGCCCUGGUUCGGGAACCGCAAGACGUCUUUGCCGGGUGGCGGCGAGCUGGACUGGAACAAGGUUGGGACGUGGGAUAUGCUUGGCUACUACUCUGCUGCGCUCUACGGUGCUCUGUGGGCGUACUCUGGCUGGGACAAGGCCGUCUACGUCUCUGCUGAGCUUCAGCAGCCGGCACGCCAGCUCCCUCUGGCCAUCAACACUGCCUUACCGACCAUCAUUCUAUGUUUCAUCGCGGCCAAUGCAGCCUACUAUAUCCUUCUCCCCUGGAAUGUGGUUGCCUCGACCGACAGCGUGGCAGUCACCGCCAUCAACCGCCUCCUCGGCCCCGCCUUCGGCAUCGUCGCUGCAGUCCUCAUCUGCCUCGUUGUUGCCGGCUCCCUCCUCGGCAACUCCUUCGUCGCGGGCCGCAUGACCGUCGCAGCAUCAAACUUCAACUGGCUACCCAAGUUCCUCGGCUUCGUAGGCCGUGUGGGAUUCAAGUCGGAGGAGAGCUCGCCAGCCGAUUCGUCCGCCGAUGCUUCGUCUGGGCCUGUGCACGCGAAAUUCGACGCACCGCUCAACGCGCUCUUGCUAUCGACGAUUCUCUCGGCGCUGUACAUUCUGUUUGGCAACUUCCGAGCCCUUUUGACCUUCAACGGUCUAGGCGAGUACACGUUCUUCUUUUUGACAGUCCUUGGUGCCGUCAUUUUACGCGUUCGAGAGCCGAAGCUGCGUAGACCGUACAAGCCAUUUGUACUGAUCCCCAUUGUGUUUGCGCUGGUCAGUGGAUUUGUGGUUGUGAGAGGCGCUAUUUUUGCUCCUGUGCAGGCGCUCAUCUUGAUUGUGCUGUGGAUUGUCGGGCUUGGGUUUUACUGGGCUAGGAGGAAGUAUUAUGCCCAUUGCAAUAGGGCCGACCACUGA